AUGCUGCAAAAGUGGAGUGUUGUCUUCUUGGCCUUGUGGUUUACAUGCGCUUCUGCCAGGGAUGCUGUUCAGUCUGAGAACACGUCGCCCGGCUGCACAUUGAACAAUCAGAGCUGUGAGACUCUCCGCCUCAGCACUAAGUUGGGCUCUUCUGUUCUCCUGCCCUGUAACUUCACCCAAGCCCAAAACAUCGUCUCCUGGAUCCAGUCGCCCACCGUAAACGUGGUGACCAUCACUCCGACGGGACGAGUGAACUUCUCUGACCCCAGAUUUGGAAGAAUACACACAUUUCCAAAUGAAGGCUCACUGGGAAACUACUCUAUCUCCAUCAGCAAUGUUAAUCACACCGACCUGGGCUGUUAUCGAUGUCUGAACCAAGAGAAAUGUGUUCAAGUGGGGUUGGUUCUCGAAACAGAGGCAGACAUCUGGCUGUUUCCAUUUUCCAUUUACAUCGUUGCUGCCGUGGCGAUCGUCGUCGUUCUAGGUGUGGGAUGCUUCCUCUGUGUCAACUUUUUAAAAGGAAAUAAAGAAACUGAGGAGAAUGACAAUUUAACUUCCGAUGAUGCCAAAGAUGAUUUAAGCCUUCCAACGCAGGAGACCGCCAGAGCGCCCGGGGACGGACAGCCACAAGACACACCCCAGCCCGUAUCCCCUGAUUAUGUAAAUCAAAUUGUGUAUGCAGAAAAUGAUAAUCAUACUGAAGAUGAACCAGAUUAUCAAAAUGAAAUACAAGAAGGCAGUGAAAUGGACAGAAAUGGAGCCAGCCACAGUGUCCAUUUUAACUUUGUGCGAGCGGAGAGUCAAAAAACCAAGCAAAGAUUUCAUACAGAACUAGUGAACAGAUUACGACAGGCGAGUAUCCGCAAGCACUAUUAUGUCAAUCAAGAUGAACUCCACAAGCAACGAGAAACUGAGCGAACUAAAGGUCCCAAAAAGAAGAAACUACAUCGUCAGUAUCCAAAUCCGAUAUAUAACAGGAGCACGGACAACCUUAACCAAAUGUAGACCCACCCACUUCA